UCAAAUCUCAAAUCUUUUCUUUCUUUCCUUCCUUCUCCUUUCUGUCACUUCUCUGCUUCAAAGUUGCAACCUUUCUCCCCUUUACCAGAGGAAAACCAACAACCCCAGUCCCAGAAACCACAGACCAAUUUCCCCAUUUCCGCAGAAGUCACAGAAAGGCCCAGAAAUUCAAAUGCCUUGACAAUCCAACAUCUCUGAAAGUGAAACCCUUCUGCAUAACCAUUUUCCCUGUUCAAUUACAAACAAAGGGUACAGAUGAGUUUCAGCUCUCUUCACUCCCAAAGUUUCUACAUUGCCCUGAAAAUCCCCACCAGCUUCUUUCGCCGCAAGCUCUAAAGGGUAACUGGUUUUCCCCCUGAAGCCCAAAAUUCCAUCGUCUCUCUGCCCAUUUCAGUUGAGGAAAACAGAACGACGAAAUCCCUCUCUGUCUCUGAUCAUAUAUGGCGAACAACACAGUCUCCGGCGGUUUCGUCGGUUUUGGCCUCCUCUCCUGCGAUCCUCUCUGGAUACCUCCUCCUUCCGUCGAUUUCCACGGGGAAAGACAUAUGGUGGAUUUCGACAAUGUUGGGUGCGGAGACGCCAUGGACGGAGGAUGUCUCUUCCACUCUCUGGUGAAAGAAGAGCUCUGCGACGAGGAUUUCGAACUGGGUUCCAGCCCUAGAGGGAAGAAAAGGCGGCUGACCAUGAGUCAAGUUCAGUCCCUGGAAAGGAGCUUCGAGAUGGAGAACAAGCUGGAACCGGAGAGAAAAGUCCAGCUUGCCCAGGAGCUCGGCUUGCAGCCUCGCCAGGUCGCCAUUUGGUUCCAGAAUCGCCGGGCUCGGUUCAAGAACAAGCAGCUGGAGAGAGAUUUCGACUCCCUCCGCGCCAAUUUCGACCGCCUCAAAGCCGAUUACAGCUCCCUGCUCCAUGAGAAACAAACCCUAAAAAACGAGGUGAAUUCACUGAAGGAGAAAUUGGGGGUGAAGGGGAAUCUGACUAAUUCAGGUGGAACGGCGACGUUUCUAGUCCCGGCGGCGAUUGUCCCGCCGCCGCCGAUGAAGCCAGAGGAAGCUGCCGCCGCGGCGGCGAAGAAGAGUGACCCGAUGAUCAAUUCGAACAGCCCGCAUUCGGUGUUGAUGGAAGCGACGGAGUCGUCGCAAGUCUUUGAGGAGAAUCACUCGGAUUACUUCUCCCAGGACGAAGACGAUACUCUGCACAACAACAACAACAACAACAACCAACUUCUGAUGAUGGCUCAGCAACCCAUUAAUGGCUUCCCCAAAUUCAACGAGCUUCCCGGCGUGCCCAAUCCCUGCGGUUUCGAGUUUCCUGUGGAGGAUCAGCCCUAUCUGGUGCUGGAUUCGAUGAACUGGAUGUGAUUUUUAACCCAUAAGGAAAGUCCGUCCAGAGUUUCCCGGAGGCUUUGUAAAGAACCAGAAAGCAACCAAAAAAAAUGUUCAGUAGUAGUUCCAAUUUCACCACAACUCAUCACAAGAAAAGAUUGGCGCUCUUGGUGCUAACCACGGUAGUUUAAUCAUGUGGUUGCAGUAAGCAAUGCAUGGCACUCAGACGAGAAAGUUGGCUUGGAGUGAAGCGAAGUUGCCCAGGGCGUCAAUGGUUGUUACUUAAUUAGUAAAUAAGUAAAAUGUAGAGUUCUUUUACUUGCUGAGUUAUUAUAACUCUCUGCUUAGGGUGAGUUCCCUUUGUAAAUAAAGCAAAACCAAAACCCAUUUUCAGCCUUUCUUGCUGAAACGGAGUUGUCUGAUAUUUCAGUUACUUUCUUUUUCCCUUCAAUGGCGAAGCUUAUUCAUGGUCGGAUGAAAGCAA